AUGAAGGAGCCCAAACUGGCCCGUUACGUGAUCGCUCGUAAGCCUAUCAAGAAGGACACGCCUGAUGGGAAGGCUCCGGGUAUUGGAAAUGGACGAGGAAUUGGAAACCCACAAUCAACAAGAUUAGACAUCAUUAUCAUCUCUCGAAGCUACAGCGAGCACCCAUUUAACAACUACAUUAGCUACAUCUUUUCAAUGGCUGACAGUCGCCCCAUUCUCACACCCAACGAUGAGCAACUUGAGGGUCUAACAAACCUUACAAAUCGUGCACAUAGGCGAGCCCAGGCCCGCAACGGCAUAGAUGAAAAGAUCAAGGAAAUUGUGGGCGAGAAGGAAGCUAUCAUGGCCAGACAUCCAUAUUGGUACAAUACUCAUCGAGUCCAGUUGGCGAAUAUGGACAGGGAAUUGGCGUUUCUUGAGGGAGAAUUAGACAAUUUACAGACCGAAGAUGAAAAGGAUGCCGUUAAGGAGUGGGAAACAUGGAAACAGGUCAUUUGA